GUUAGUGACAGUUUAACAUUAUAUUUAUUAUCUACAAUCACUCCGAAUUCAGAAAUAGUGGGGAGGACUUGAAGAGAAAUAAUUCUGACAGCUGACAAAGCAGUGAAUUGAUUUUUCGAAAAUGUCGUUCGCAGACAAGAUAUCGAUGCUUAUGGAUCGGCCAGGGGGCGACAAUGCCCAAAAAGAUGACGUUCCUUGGUGGAUGCGCUACGCUGGUCGGGGGUUGGGAACAGUUGGCAGUUUCAUCGCCAUAAUCCUGGGACUCAUCAAUUGCACUGGCAUUAUAUUGAUGAAUGUCAGCUGUCUGAUAGCUGGCGUUUGGCAGAUGUUGGCAGGUUUCAUAGUGAUAGUGUGCGAGGCGCCCUGUUGCUGUUUCUUCAUUGACUACGUGCAGACUCUCUCCGAUCGGAUUGAGACACGUCCUUACUGGAAUAAGGCAGCUUUAUAUAUCGGCUUGGCGCUACCUCCGUUCUUCAUGUGCUUCUUCAGCGUGAGCACGUGGCUCGGCAGCGGCAUGAUAUUCGGCACUGGAAUUAUAUACGGGAUGAUGGCGCUAGGAAAGAAGGCGUCGAUAGACGACAUGAGGACGUCGGCUGCCAACCUCGAAGCCGGAGUCGGUCAGCCGACCAGCGCUCCCCGCGCCAACCUGGUCACCAACGAGCAGCCCUUCAGCUUCACGGGCCCGCCCGCCAAGUGACGCGCGACCGCAGGCUGCGGCUCUCGUGCGAAUGGACUCGACUAUUUCUCCGUUCGUGAGUUGUUGUUGAACUGUGCUGCUCGUAGGCUUAGGUUUCUCCAAGGUUAUUUAUGUUGAAGGCAGUCGGGAUUCAAUCCGAGCUAUAUUUAUCGCUUGUUGACCAAAAAAAUUAUGUUC